GAGCGACGAAUCCUAUAUCCAUCUUUAAUUGCAGAAGAGGGAGCGAUUGUUCACAACCUCAAUUUAAAAUGAAGUGUUCAGCGGUCAUCACAAUGUCCAUGCUCAUGUUUGGAGUAUCGGUUUCUCAUGGGCAAAAUUUUGACGACUGUAUGAAGGAGGUUGAGAAAAUCGUGGUGACCUUUUCCACACCAGAGGUCGAGGCUGUCGUUGAGCAACAUCUGAAGGAGGAGCUUUGUGGUGAAGGUAACAUCAUCCCAGGCGAUCCAGAAGUAUGUGAAGCAAGUAUCUCAGAGCGUUGGCCAAAUAUCACCGAGCUUAUUGUUCAAUACAAAAAUGAAUUUGCCAACGAGUCCUGCACCCAAGCCAUUCCGAUCCGGCUUGAUUGGGAUUGUGCAAGUUGCCGAUAUCGUAUCCAAGGUUUGCUCUCAACUCUCCGAUCAUACUCUUUCUACAGGUCUUUCCAACAAUUCGUACUUGGGCCCGCUUAUUGCGAAAAAGAUGAGCUAUCUAACACUGAACAGAGCGAUUGCAAGGAGUGGAUCGAGACCUUUCUCUCGAGAACGUUUGCCAUCCUUCGAUACACCCCAACCGAGAACAUUUGCAACACCCUUUAUGGCCUUUGUCCUGGAGAGAUUGGAUGUCGGGACGGCAUGAGGCAGAUCUAUGAACAAAUUGGCCAACCAGACACGAUUGAAAGGACCAUGCAGGCUUUAAAAACCGAUGUCUGCGCUCAAACAUGGGUGGAGAAUGCCGAGGGAUGCAAGACAGGUGUGGAUAACUGGUGGCCGAAGAUUGCUGAUAGCCUCGGGAAACGGAGCACAAAUUUCAUCAGUUACAUUACCUAUUGCAUGAAUUACUUUGAUUACUUCUCUACACCUGCCGAAGGGGAUACAUGGGACUGUGGUACUUGCCAAAAGCGAAUGCGAGAGGUCAUGGGCUUCAAUAGGAACCAUGAAAUUGAGUGGAUUGUGGCAUCCGUAGAUCAGAUUAUUUAUGGGACAACAAUGUGCAACGAUGUCACAAACAAACCAGAUGACACUCUGGCCUGUCAAAAGUACGUGAGGGCUUUCAUGCCCAGAGCCAUGCAGCUGAUAAUUGAUGACAGCUUCGAUAAUCCCGAUAAACUCUGUCGGGUGGUUUUUGAUUUUCCCGACUCGUGUCAGUACAUCGAUUCUGGAGCUGCUUCUUCCAUCAGCGCUGCCAUUACCUUCAUUGUUGCCAUGACCCUUCUAGUCUUCACUGCAGUGUUCUGAUUUAAGAAUGAUAUGUCUCAAUACCAGCAGUUGUACUUAAUUUUGCUCCAGAAUCAAAGCUUAUAAAAUGGUUAGUGCCAAAAUACACCUUUUUGUUCUCUA